GGACCUCCGGGACCGCGGCACAAGAGCACGUUGCCCCGCCACCCAGUUGACCUCUGCCGGAUGCUUUGGCAGACUCUCCACGCCGGGCUGGAAAUAUGAGUCGCAGUAUUUUCAAGACACUUUUGUCCGCUUCAUUAUGGUAUCCUAGGGAUGACUUUGAUGGGAUAUUCAGCUUCUUGUAAUCAGCAAAGGAUCUGCUGUGUUCCUGCCAUCUUUGAGGGAGAAUUAUUUCAGGGACCCAACUCUUGCGUAAAGCAAAGUACCCUCUUACAUUGCUCUUCCUGGGCUGGAUACUCAGUAAAUUGUGCCGGGCUGCCUGAUGUCAUGUGGCCUGUGCUUUGGACCGUGGUACGUACCUAUGCUCCCUAUGUCACAUUCCCUGUGGCCUUUGUGGUUGGGGCCGUGGGCUACCACCUGGAAUGGUUCAUCAGGGGAAAAGAUCCCCAGCCUGUGGAGGAGGAAAAGAGCAUCUCAGAACGCCGGGAGGAUCGCAAGCUGAAUGAGCUGCUAGGCAAGGACCAUACCCAGGUGGUGAGCCUGAAGGACAAGCUGGAAUUUGCCCCUAAAGCUGUCCUGAACAGAAACCGCCCAGAGAAGAAUUAAUGGAGGACACAGAGCCCUCUGGUCCGACUGUGGGCCGUGACUGGUCCUGCUGCCGUGUCAGUCCAGCUCCAGAACUCACCUCUGGCUGGUUUUGUUGCUUAUUCUGGCUCCUCCCACACCACACAGCCACACACAUACUGGUUGCUACUUGAUGUCCAGGCAGACCCAGCAGCAGCUGAGAGCCCGUGAAGAGGAAGGCCCUGGAGGGUUCUGGCCUGCAGGCCACAUCUGUUGUGUGGCAGCCACAGCUGCUCAGUCUUCCGAGCCUAAGAGUGCACUACCAGGAGGAGUGUUAUGGAAUGAACAUUUGCUGUCAGCCUCCAUGGCGUUGCCUUUAGGAGGGAUACCUACAUGUCUAGUUCCAGUUUGCACUGGGAAGAAUUCAGAAAUCUACUGGCUUCCUUUACUAGUUUGCCCUAUCCUUUGUGCUCAUUCUUACUGCAGUUCUGUCUUGUCAGCUCAGGAAUGGGAUUCCCCGGAGAAGGAAAGCAUUUUUCUGUUCUGGGAAGCCCAGGCUAUUCACUUUGGGGCAGGGAGGAACAUGUGCCUGGUGAAUUUGCCUGAAAACAAUCAUCCUCCAUCCCCCAUCACUGUAUAGUGCAAAACAUGAUUAAAGUGGCAUCUGAGAACCAUA